CAAAUCCCGACAUGCCUUUGUCCUGCUUCACUGCGCCUGCGCAGCCAGACGUGGCAGCCGUGUGAUGGUUCCUGCCAGACUCGCUGCUGGGUAAUGAGAAUGCUGCUGCUCCACGUCCUGAUCAUUCUCCCAUCCAUACUCCUAUCGCUCAAAGUCUCUCCACUCAUCGAAAAAAUCAGCGACCAUAAGGAUUUCAAGAAGCUUCUACGCACUCGUAACAAUGUGCUGGUGCUGUACUCAAAGUCAGCCCAAGCUGCAGAGCGUCAGCUGAAACUGCUAUCUGAUGUUGCUCAGGAUGUGAAAGGAAGAGCUACUGUAUCAUGGAUUGACUGCGGAGACUCUGAGAGCAGGAAGCUCUGUAAGAAGAUGAAGGUGGACCCCAGUAAGAAGACAAACGGCAUAGAGCUGUUGCACUACAAGGACGGAACAUUCCAUACAGAGUACAACAGGCCGAACACUUACAAGUCCAUGGUGGCGUUUCUAAAAGAUCCAGAGGGAGCACCGCUGUGGGAGGAGAACCCUGAAGCCAAAGACAUUUUUCAUAUUGAUAGUGAAAAGGAUUUCCUGAAGCUCUUGAAGAAAGAAGACCGCCCGCUGCUCAUGAUGUUUUAUGCACCAUGGUGCAGUGUGUGUAAGAAGAUGAUGCCUGCUUACCAACAGGCUGCCACUGAACUGAAAGGCACUUAUGUCCUCGCUGGGAUGAAUGUUUAUCCUCCAGAGUUUGAGAGGUUGAAGGAGCAGUACAACGUGAAGGGUUAUCCUACCAUUCUGUACUUUGAGAAAGGAAAGUAUAUGUUCAAUUUUGAGAAAUAUGGAGCAACAGCCAAGGACAUUGCAGACUGGUUGCAGAAUCCCCAGCCUCCAGCCCCUGAAGCUCCAGAGGUGGCGUGGGCGGAGCAAGAAAGUGCAGUCCAUCACCUUACAGAUGCCGAUUUCGACCAGUUUGUGACGGAUCAUCAGUCUGUGCUUGUUAUGUUCUAUGCUCCAUGGUGUGGUCACUGUAAGAAAAUGAAACCGGACUAUGAGAAAGCAGCUGAAACCCUGCACGCGGAAAACGAUGUUGGGGUGCUGGCGGCAGUGGAUGGAACAGUUCACAGAGUGCUGUCUGAGAAGUUCCAUAUCUCUGGGUUCCCAACUUUGAAGUAUUUUGAGAAUGGGGAGGAGAAGUACACGUUGCCUCACCUACGUUCUGAACAGAAGAUUGUGGAGUGGAUGCACAAUCCUGAGGCCCCACCACCCCCAGAACCAGCGUGGGAAGAGAAACCAUCCAGCGUUCUCCACCUCCUGGGUGAUGAUUUCAGGGAAACCCUAAAAAAGAAGAAACAUGCACUGGUCAUGUUCUACGCCCCUUGGUGUCCUCAUUGCAAGAGCUCGAUUCCCGAUUUCAUUAUAGCAGCUGAUGAAUUCAAAGAAGAUCGGAAGAUUGCUUAUGCAGCUGUCGAUUGCACCAAAGAUAAGAAUCAGGAACUGUGCAAGCAGGAAGGAGUAGAUGGGUUUCCCACCUUUAAUUACUACAACUAUGGGAAAUUUUUUGAAAAAUAUAAUGGUGAACGAGGGGAGUCGGGGUUUGUUGGUUUCAUACGAUCGCUCAGAGAAAAAGAUCACGUCAAGCUGGGGAAGAAGAAGGAAGAACUGUAACCUCUGUCCCUCCAGGGCACUGCAGUAAGAUAUCGAGGCCCAAGACACCUGACCAACCCAUCUCAGCGCACCAGGACUAUUCUCCCUUCUUCCAGGCCUCAGACAUUCGGUCCAACUCCACACACUGUUACCGGCCUCCAGUACCAACAUAUCCAGCGGGCCCAUCCUAAUGUACUAGGACUGUUCUAACUGCUUACAGGCCAUAAACAUUGUCGGGUCCAACUCAACACACUGAUAUCAACAUCCCAGAUGCCUCCAGGACACAAAUAUCAAAUGGGCCCAUCCAUCCCAAUGCACCAGGACCAUUAUUUCAGCUUCCAGGCAUCUGACAUUAUGGGGUCCAUCCAAGUGUACUGUGACAGGAUUCUCAGCUUCCAGGUCCCUAGCACUUCAACUGCACCAGCUAAUGAUGACAGAUUAGGAUUUCAUGAAAAACAGCUGCCAUUGUACAUAUAUAUAAUUAUAAAGUGAAAAAAGAGGUCCUCCUUCUGUACCUUAUACAGGUAAAACAAUGCGUUGAAAGGUAUCUUUAUCCCCUAAUCACCCAAUAUGGUAUCUUUCUUGCAUCAACCAGACCAAUUGGGAAGAUAAUGCCUCCAAGGAAAUAUCAGAAAUGGCUCCUCAUAGUGUUUUAAAGGUUUAUUUACAACAUAUAAAGAACAUGUAUUUACUUGCAUAGGUAUACAUUGUUUUUUACCAUGUGUAUUUCUUAUGACCAUUCUAUGCCAAUAGUGUUCCAUACAGAAAAUGAAUUAAUAGCACUUUCGCAGUUUGCUCUUGUAACUAGUCUCCCAUGAUUUCAGCAAGUGCUGAAUGGUGAACACAAGUGUUAUAAGUAGAUGGACCCUUUAAAGUCUGUAUUUUAAAAUGGAACUAAACUAGAAAAAUGACUUUGCUUUGCUGAUUAUGAUAUCAUUCAUUUAUGAUAUCUUGCUUUAAUUGAAUUCUUUAAAUCUGAACAUAGGAGUUGCUCAUUGGACACUGCCCUAUUCCUGUGAAAAUAGAUUCCAAACCAUAGGCAUGAAGGGAUAGUAGAUUACCUUAUAUUCAGCAGACAUUUAAUGACUAAGCCUACAAACAAAACUUUAUAUGACCUUGUUUUAUUUAAUAAGGCUAUUACAAUAAACUAGCAUAACAUAAAUUUACUUUCCAGUCCAACCCCGCUUGUUUUGAAACCCAUUCAUCACAGCCUCCCACAGUCAUCGAUGGCAGAGUUUGUAGGACCGUUGUUAGUCAUCAUUAAAUCAUCAUCAUAGUUUAUUUAGAAAGUGUCACAAGGCAAGGACAUCCAGUUCUCAGUGUCACUUUUAUAAAUAGGUGCCUAAUAAUUUAACAUGUCUUUAGUUCCACGUUAAAGUCCUGUAUAGUCUAGUCAUGUAAUACUGUUUAAAAAAAAAAAAAGUAUUUUCUUUUUCUAAUUUUAUAUUAUAAUAGUUAAAAGAGAUUAUCAAAUAUUUAAUGCGCUGAGGUUUCCAGUAUAAUAUGAUGUUUAUGCCAAAAAAAGAUUACCUGACGUUGUAUUAUUUAUAAUUUUGGGAAAGUAUAUUACAUAAUGAUGUAGAAUUUUUGCCUGCAAGCAGUGGUGGGAACUAACGGUCUUUAUAAUAGAGCCCAUCUAUUCAAUAGGAACUACUGAUAGUCGUGAUUGUGUUAUAGUCAUUUUAUAGAGAUAAUGAUUAAUGCAGCAUUUCCGAAUAAUGGUUCAGCCCACAAAAUGGCAGCCUUCAAAGCGCGUAUUUGACAGGUACAGUUAAACGGUGACUCUUCCAAUGGGUACAGGCCCCAUUUGAAUUUGUGAAAUUGCUUUGCUCUUUGCCUCGUGUGGAGUGAGGGAGAGUGCAGUAAGUUGAGAAUGUUAUGUUUCAUAUAAUCACCUUUUUACCAUGACCAUUCCCAGUGUUGAAUUACUACUUUCCACACCUGUUCUACAUACUUUAUAAUGUAGUGAAUUCAGUUUGCUGAACAUUUGACCUGUUUACUGGGGUUUCCAUCGGGAAGUAACAAAUCCAUACUAGGUCUUCUGGAAGCGGACAGCUUCACAUCACUCAGGGACAAGUCAAACACUCUGCCGAAUCUCAAAUGCAGUGAUUGUUACCACCGUUUACACACUUUCUGUAGACUGUUUGGACUCUAAAGGGCAGGUGAAAAAGCCAAAAAGAUAUUUUUCUCUCUAUUUUCUGUAAACUGGUUGGUGGGGGGUAGGGUUCCAUGUUUAAUCUACAUGCAGUUAAAAUGUCAUGCCUAUCAUUGUAUUUCAUACCGUAUAAAUGCAAAGUGAUUUUUGAUAUGCAAAGUUAAAAAUAAGCGCAUCAUUUGUUUACAUUCCUGAAACAACGUUAUCUUAAGAUGUGUGAAUUUUUCAUUGUUCUUUUGGUUGUGUUUUUCUUUUUUUGUUUGUUUUUUAAAAUGCAUUCUUAAUUUCAGGCUGGUAGCCAUGAAUGUGUUCCAAUUAUAUGGUAUUCCCAUUAUGUGUUUAAUCUGUGAUUUAUUUCAUCUCAAAAUUAAAACUAUUUUACAAUUUA